AGGAGGCUUCACUAAGACAGAGCGUACUACUGACUUACUGAGAGGACUACCAGUCAUAAUAUUACAACCUUUUCCUCUGCGCUCAAAACCACUGCAAAUCAUUCUCCUUGAUUUGGAUUUAGCAAAGAGGCAACAUGUGUAAGGGAUUAGCAACACUGCCUGCAACCUGUAUGAAAAGUGCCAAAGACAUCAAGCACAAGAUUGGAUUUCUGCUCCAUAAGCCUGAGGUUCCACCAGACAAGGAACAGAUAAAAGAGAAGACCAACAUUGCCAAGAGAGUUUCACCUGCUGAUGUGGAGAAAUGGAAACUGUCCUUCAACAACCUGAUGAAUAGUGAAGCUGGCCGUACGGUGUUCACUACCUUCCUGAAGGCAGAGUUCAGCCAGGAGAACAUGGAGUUCUGGAAAGCUUGUGAGAAAUACAAAAUGUCAGCCCCCAAAAGUAUGGCAGGUAAAGCCAAACAGAUCUAUGACCAGUACAUCGCGGCAGACGCUCUUAACGAGGUGAACUUGGACUCAGCAACGCGAGAGGAGACCAGACAGAACCUGUCUAAUGCCGGCCCAUUCUGUUUCGACAACGCCCAGCAGAAAAUCUUCACUUUGAUGGAGAAAGACUCAUACAGAAGGUUCCUCUAUUCCAAACUGAUCCAGGAUCUGUCCCUGUUGCCCACCACCACUACCCAACUCAGUGCUCUGGAGAAAAGGGGAGGGAUGAGAGGCUGUUCUGAGAGCGGUGGUGCAUAGACAGAGAUAGAAAGAGAGAAACAUUGACAAUUAAAGCACUCUGUCAUAAUCUGUGAGGGAAAGAGUAGGUUGUCUUGAAGAGAAAACAUUAUUAUGAGUGGGUGGAUUUAGAUUUUUUUCUGUCCGUUGUUCAAGAGAACAAUUUCAACAAGUAUCACAAAUUGCUUGCCUUUCAGACUAGGGUAUGCUUGGAGAGGGAGAGAAGAAAACGAUCAGAGAUGUGAUUUUCAGGACAAAAUAUCAUCCUCUUUCUCCUGAUUUUCCAUUGUUUUGUGAGGGUCUACUUUCUUUCCAUGUAAUAUCUUCCUGAGCUCUAACAAGAGUCAAAUGAUUCAAACAGGCAUUUAGGCAUUUCACUCUGGUCAGCUCCCUGUUUCCCCCCUGUCUGGUUUUCAUCAAGGGCUCAAAGCUAAGUCAUGCAUGUACGCCAAUAAUGCUUUCCGGCUUGAAAAUGCUCUUCCUCAAACUGAGUGUUAAAUUAGAUUAUAGUUUAUGAAUGGAGAUAACUAUGUCUGGAUUGGUGUUAAAAGCUCCUUUCACAUGACUGGUGUUUAUGUUUUUCUAUCAUUGCUUUACCUUAGGCUAGUUUGUGCACUGCUGAGGUGUAGCUCACUUGCCCUCUGUUAACCUGCCGAUGAAGUCAUGACCAGGUGAUGUUUUGAUUCAAAACACAGGGAAAAACAAUGAGGAACUACCUCUCUAUCCAUCCCUAUCCCACUUUCGGGGUGACCUGAACAUUGACUGGUUAGCAACUAGCUGUCUUCUCAAGAGGAAGCUUGUGACUGUGCCUGUAAUAUGACUCAGGUUGUCACUAAACCAACUAGAGUGCAUACUAAUAGUGUUGGAUCUGUAACAUCCAUUUGUAUUGGUCAUAUCUUCACUAAUGCUGCAGAGCUUUGCUCCAAGGCAAUAUCAGUUUCCUUUGGCUGUAGUGACCAUAACAUUGUGGCAAUAACAAGGAAAGCCAAAGGUUGGGCCUAAAGUCAUUUAUUAAUUGUUAAUUCCAAUUGUUGACAAGCAUGCACCAGUUAAGAAACGAACUGUUAGAGCCCGAUGGAUUGAUGAUGAAUUGAAAAAUUGUUAUGGUUCAAAUAAAUAAUGCAAAAGCGGUGGCAAACAAGUCAGGCUGCUCAGCUGAUUGGUUGACAUACUGUAAACUUAACAAAAAGAAGAAAUUAUAUUACCAAAAAAAGAUAAAUGACAGAAAACACAAUGGAAAAAUACUUUGGAGUACCUUAAUUGAUGUCGUGGGCAGAAAACCUUUCGAUAUUGCCAGUCAUUUCAAUGACUAUUUCACUAGUUAAGUGGAAAAACUCUGAAGUGAAAUGACAAUAAUUAACAGUGAAACAUCAUAUUUUUUGUAUAAAAGAUCUAAUAAUGAAAGAGAAGGAUUGCUGUUUUUAAUGGUCAAUUUAGUGUGGGAGAGGUGGAAAAACUAUGGUUAUCAAUCAGUAAUCAAAAAACCACUGGGGAUAGACAACCUUGAUGGGAAACUAUUGAGAAUGGUAGCAGACUGUAUUGCCACUGCUAUUUGCUACAGUGCCUUCAGAAAAUAUUCACACCCUUUGACAUUUUCCAAAUUUUGUUGUGUUAUAGCCUGAAGUUAAAGUGGAUAACAUUUCGAUUUUUUGUCAUUGACCUACACACAAUACUCCAUAAUGUCAAAGUGGAAUUAUGUUUUUCAACAAAGAAAUCUAAUUAAAAAUGAAAAGCUGAAAUGUCUUGAGUCAGUAAGUAUUCAACCCCUUUGUUAUGGCAAGCCUAAAUAAGUUCAGGAGUAAAAAUGUGCUUAACAAGUCAUAUAAUAAGUUGCAUGGACUCACUCUGUGUGCAAUAAUAGUGUUUAACAUGAUUUUGUUAAGACUACCUCAUCUCUGUACCCCACACAAUUAUCUGUAAGGUCCCUCAGUCGAGCAGUGAAUUUUAAACACAGAUUCAACCACAAAGACCAGGAAGUUUGUCCAAUGCCUCACAAAGAAAGGCUCCUAUUGGCCAAAAAACAGUCAUUAAAUAUCCGUUUGAGCAGGGUGAAGUUAUGAAUUACACUUUGGAUGGUGUAUCAAUACACCCAGUCACUACAAAUAUAAAGGCGUCCUUCCUGACUCAGUUGCCGGAGAGGAAGGAAACUGCUCAGGGAUUUCACCACGAGGCCAAUGGUGACUUUAAAACAGUUAAAGAGUUUAAUGGCAGUGAUAGAAGAAACUGAGGAUGGAUCAAUAACAUGUAGUUACUACACAAUAUUAACUUAAUUGACAGAGGGAAAAUAAGGAAGCCUGUACAGAAUAAAACAUAUUCCAAAACAUGCAUCUUGUUUUCAACAAGGCACUACAGUAAAACUGAAAAAUAUGGCAAAGCAAUAACAUUUUUGUCCUUGAUACAAAGUGUCCUGGAUACAAAGUGUUAUGUUUGGGGAAAAUCCAAUAUAACACAUUACUGAGUACCAGUCUCCAUAUUUUCAAGCAUCGUGGUGGCUGCAUCAUGUUAUGGGUAUGCUUGUAAUUGUAAAGGGCUGGAGCUAAGCACAGGAAAAAAAUCCUAGAAGAAGACCUGGUUCCUUGCCCUUAACUGCACAUACAGAACUAACAUCAACAACACGCAUGCUAGUCUUUCUUGGUUGAGGAUUGACGAGAGAAGAACUGCUUCUCUUGUAGUUUUUAUGAUAGAUAUUACUGUGAUGAAAAUUCCAGAUUACCUGCAUAAUAAAAUAAGAUUCAGCUCAGACACCCAUACAUAUCACACAAGACAUGCCACCAGUGGUUUCUUCACAGUCCCCAAGUCCACAUGAGUUCACGGCAGUAGUCAGUUUUAUAUAGAGCCAUGAUCGCAUGGAACUCCCUUCCAUCUCCAAUUACUCAAGCAAACAACAAAACUAUGAGGGGACACACACACACACACAAUUUUUUGUUGUUGUAUUUCUUUGUUGUAUUGUUUGUAUUAUUUUUAAUCAUAAUAUUUUUUAUUUGUAUGACUUUUCUUGUCUAUCAAUGUAUCAGUGUUUUGUUACUUGUCAUGUUUUGUGUUUUUUUUGUGGACCCCAGGAAGAGAAGCUGCUGCUUUUACAAAAGCUAAUGGGGAUCCAAAUAAACAAAUAAAUAAAGUUAACCCACAGACAGCCAGGCCUCUGUAUGGACAUCAUCAGAACAAUUUCGAUAUUGUCCCUCAGCUUCGUUCCACUGCAUGAAGGUAGCAACUCCCAUACCGAAUGAUUUAAUCACAGCUCAACAUGCAGUGCUGAGCAACUUCUUCCAUAGCUUUUAAUACAUGUGAAUGGUCAACUUCAAUGUAUUGGUCUACUUUAUGUCACUCUUCUUAUUCAACCAUUAACAUUUAACUUAAAUAUCCAUCGCUGUAAGCUUUGUGUUCAUUCUAUGAAAACUGUUCCAAUUAUAGCUUUGUUGGUAUUGUAUUUUGAUAACAUCUACCUGUAUUACUUAUUGUGAAUGGACAAGUAGGGCAGAUGAACGUGUCUUAUUAGGCUCUCAUAUAUCAUUGAUAUUGAUACUAUUGCUAAUACAAUUGAUAUAAUGACAGUAUAUCAUUAUAUCAAUUGGUGGCAGGGUAGCCUAGUGGUUAGAGCGUUGGACUAGUAACAAGGGGUCUGGAUACCAUCGGGUUCUUGGUCAGUUCAAACCCCCAAGCUGACAAGAUACAAAUCUGUCGUUCUGCCCCUGAACAGGCAGUUAACCCAUUGUUCCUAGGCUGUCAUUGAAAAUAAGAAUUUGUUCUUAACUGACUUGCCUAGUUAAAAUAAAGGUAAAAUAAAUUAAGUAUAGGGUUCUGUGAGUUUUGAUUACACAUUACUCCUACUCCCCUCCAAUUAUGAUAAAUAGCUAGAUAUUCAUUGUAAUAAUAAUUUCUAUGUUUAUUUUAUGCUUCUAUUCUAGACACGAUUAUUUAUAAUGUAUUUGUAAAUACAAAACUGUUUCACCGA